GGUUUUGAAAGCAAGCAGUGUUUUUGCUACACCUGCUGCAAAUGAAGUUGGUAAACAGGAGAAUAAGUAUAAAUCUCUCCCAUAGGCUGGCAGACAUCAGCAAGUUUCUGACCUUUGGUGACUGGAAUUUAGGAGUAUAUUGGAGGGUGGCUGUUUCCAGGAUGAAGACUUCCUUGAUUUCCCUUCAGCAGCCUGAACAGCUGUCUUCAUUGUCACUCCGUCGCAUCCGCUUGUACAACACGAAGAAGAAAAUGACUUAUUCAGGCUACAUAUACAAAAUCCUCAAACAGGUUCCUCAAGACACAGGCAAAUGCUGCUGGGCCGUGGAGGUCAUUCACUCCCUGAAUAAACCUCACCUGUAUGGGAAGGUGGCAUUGGAGGCAGCCAGGUUGACCCACUACAAGAAGAAGCUCCUGGUCACCAGCACAGAAAUCCAUGCAGCAGUCAAGAUGGUUCUUCUGGUGGAGGCACUGAAAGGGAACCUGAAAGAACCCUUUUGGCCUGCAAAUAGUCGUGUUGACUCCACAUGAGAAUUUGGCCAGAGUUCUGCAAUCCUUUUAAAUGUUGGUCAAGGUGCACUUACACUCUUCCUCUUUUUGUAAUAAAGAUAUAUUUAAUUGUUGCUUCACAA